CAUUAUACAUUGUCCCACUUCGAAGGACAAAAACAAACUUCGUUUUUACAGCUUUUUCUUUUGUUGUUACAUGUAAAUCACACACACACAUUUUGUACAGUAGUUACACAGCAAACACAAAGUAAUUCGAUAUUUUGAUAUUUAAAUUUUUUAAAUUUUACCUUUAUUUAACCAGGCAAGUCAGUUAAGAACAAAUUCUUAGUAUACAUUACAUCUAGAUAGAUAGUACUUAUUCAUUUAAAAAAAUUAUAGUCAUGACUAUAAUAGAACAUAACCCCAGCACUCAGCUACUUUCAGUCCAACCCACCUCUCCGUUAACCACCCUCAUGAUUUACAUGUGCCAUUUAUUUCUGCUGUUUCACAUACAUUCUGAACCUAUCUAAUCGCAUAGAUUAUAAAUUAAAUAUAAAUAUUCUUACUAAAGUUAUUAUUAUAUUGUUGAUUGACUAUGGUCGUACUUCCUCCGUAGUUAUUUUCCACAAUAUUAAUCUGUUCUCACUGGGACAAGACCAAUGAUGUUCCAGAAAGGGACAACGCACAACGGAAACAGUGCUGUGCUGUUCUAGCCAAUUGAAAAACGGGGAGGGAUUGGGUUGUGGGUUGGGGAACGCUCCACUGCCCUUUCGUCACUCAUUGUUUCAAGCCACACCCUACUACACCCACGAAGCAGAGAAAGCCUACCUCAACGUCUGUUCAAGAAUGUUGAAAUGUUGAAUGUUUUGAAGAAACGUGUUGUUCAGUACAAACCGUCAUUUACCUAGCUACUGUUUAAUCGAACUGAAUGCACCCCAGCCAAUCAGCUAUAAGGACAGGUAUAAAACCUCUGAUGGGUCUUUUAACAAAGAGAUAGAGGACUCGUGUGAUGACUUCCACCCACCAUGGAGCUCUCCUUGUGUUCUCUGUCAGUUCUGAUGCUAGUGGCUGUUGUGUUCAUGGUACCAAUGAAAGACAGAAGUGACGAUGUGUUAAGCUUUUUGAAUGGUGCCCUUGAUGUUGCUCCCGCUACUCAAAGCACCUCAGGAAAAAUCAAAGGUCCCCAAAACCCCUCUGGUAAACCAGCUCCAACCCCAGGUCCCCAAAACCCCUCUGGUAAACCAGCUCCAACCCCAGGUCCCCAAAACCCCUCUGGUAAACCAGCUCCAACCCCAGGUCCCCAAAACCCCUGUGGUAAACCAGCUCCAACCCCAGCAAGACCAAGUCCUUUAAGACCAACAGAGAACUCUGCAGAUGUUGUAGACUCAGAUGACAGAUCCAAAGAGAAAUGCAACUCCGAUGAUCUUACAGAUGCAGAACGAUCUGAAAGUAACUCAGCAGAAAGCAGAGAGGAUUAUGAUGACUCUCUGGGAUCUAAUACAAAGAUUACACAAACUGUGACAGACAACAGUAGCAGCGACGAGACUGACAGUUCUCCUCCAAGUGAUGUGAGAAAAUACAAACAACCUCCAGGAAGGAGAACCAUAAACCCAGACCAUGUUGACAGCAUGCAGACAACCACCAGGCAGACAACCACCAGGCAGGAUCCAACCAAUGGGAGCGAGGAGCUGGAUAGAGCGGCUCAGAGGGACCCCACAGUGGGGAGAGAGAGAACCAGCAGAGUGCUCAUUGAUCUCAACAGUGAAGAGGAUGUGAUGGUGGGGUGUCAGGGUACUGUCUGUGUGCCCGGAGAGCAGGGGACUACAGUCAAUGGAGAAACCAGAGAUGACAUCAGCACUGAGACGAACCCAGUCGUGAUUGGAUAGCCUCCAGGAGCCCCAGCCAGGAGCCCCAGCCAGGAGCCCCAGCCAGGAGCUCCAGCCAGGAGCCUGUCAUUGCCAGAGGCUUCCUCCAGGUAGAGUUGGCUCAGCUCUACCCUGCAGGGCCUGUAAAUCUCCCUGCCUCUCACUCGUGUGUCGUCUCCCUCAAGCUCCACCGACUCUACCAGACCGCAGAGUCCCUCGCACACUUAUAUUCAUGACAGAGACGUCAGUACAUCUGUGGAUAUUUACCACCAAUUUUUCACUUGAUCUUGAUCAUGAUCUUACUGCCGGUAGGCAAUUUGAAUUGUGGGUGAAUGGAAAUAAGAUGUUUGGCUCCAAUCUGAUCUGAUCAAUCUGAUGAAAUAAAGGUUUCUCAAAAAGCAUUGUUUGUUGUACUAAUUCGAGGUAAUUCAAUAAAAGGCUGUGUAUA